AUGGCACUUCGAGUCGGGGCUUUGUACGGUGCCUUUACACUAAAACGACUUUUAAGCAACGUCACUGUUGUUGGAUGUGGCUUGAUGGGUUCUGGCAUCGCCGCCAUUUGUGCCAGUUCUGGAUACAAUGUCAAAGUGUUAGUCGGGAAUGAUGACCAGCUCAAAAAAUCCGAGGAUAGUGUUUUACGGGUGUUGCAUGGCUCUUCAAAAAGUAGGUCAGAAGAUUUCGUUGAAGCGGUGGCGACUAGGAUAAUUCUCACUACUGACGUUAACAAUGCCCUUUCCGACUCGGAGAUGGUUAUUGAAGCCGUCACUGAAGAUCUCAAAACCAAGUGCAGUCUCUUCCAAUCAUUGGAACAUUUUGCACCCAGUUCUUGUGUGUUUGCGUCGAACACCUCUUCCCUGCCGAUAAAUGAGAUAGUCAAAGGGUUUUCAAGGAAGGAGUUCUUCGGUGGUCUUCAUUUCUUUAACCCCGUACAGAAGAUGAAAUUAGUUGAGAUCACUAGAUGCAGUCAUACAUCUGGAGAUACCUUAAAGGUAUGUACACUAGCAGCUUUCGCAGAAUCACUGGGUAAGACAGUGGUCCAUUGCAAGGACACACCAGGCUUCAUAGUGAAUCGUCUUUUGGUACCCUACCUCCUCGAGGCAAUAGAGAUGUGGGAGCGUCGGGAUGCCUCCCUUAACAACAUCGACAUGGCGAUGCGUCUUGGGGCUGGCCACCCGAUGGGUCCUUUUGAACUGGCUGAUCACGUAGGGCUGGACACCCUAUUGCGUAUUAUCGUUCACUGGGUAGAGAGGCAUCCCGAAGAGCGCGCUUUCCGACUCAACACCACUGUGCGCCAACUGGUCGCCCAGGGCCGAUUGGGCAAAAAGUGUGGCCAUGGCUUUUUCAUGUAUGAUCAACGCGGGCGCAUUAUUGAAAAAUAA